CAUAGGUACAUGUGUGUACCAUAAAAUGAAAUAAAGAAGGGAAAUUACCUUAAUGUCAUUUUUGAUAAAAUUUGGCCCUUAACAUACUUAUAUUAACUUCAUAAACUCUGAACAUGUAAUAGUCAUGGUAAUUAAAUUAAUAGUCAUUUGUAAUAGUUAUUAUAAUCGAGAUACAGUAUGCUUUUUGUAUGUAAUUGACCCUAACAUGCCAGUAGGUGAUAAAUAAUAAAAAAUGAUAUGGUAGUUGGUGUAAUAUGUAUUAAGGAUGCCACAGAUGCAGCUAAAAUAUCAAGAUCAAAUUGGAUAAUAUUAAAUUUCUCCUACACCUAAUUACGACUUAGCAUAUGAUAAAUGUCAGUAGCUAGCCAAUAAUAGCACAUUGUUUCAUUUGUAAUAACAAUAUAGUAAUGCAAAUAUCCCUCUAGUAUCCCAAAACGAUGGUAAAAUUUUGCAAUUUGGUCAUUGGCAGGUUUCAUUCAGAAAUUUUGAGGCUAUGCAUGCAAUUAAUGGUUCCGAUUACAAGUGUUAGUAUUAUAAAUAUGCUAAAAUUUCUGUCCUCUAAAUUUACUGGGUACAUAGCAUAUACAUUCAUUGUUGUUGCAUAGCUUGUGUGACUCAUCAUGCAGCUUACCCUAGCACUUUGCCGUUAUUGUAUGUUACAUUAAACAUAUAACCAGAUACAGAUCCAGAUUCCGAAUAAACUUCAACAUCAAAAUCAGCUACAAAGUUACUUAAGGCAAAAAACGUCUCUCCCUUCCAAACUCCAAAUCGAAACUGAUGAUCCUCGACAAGGCCAAAAUAGCUGGUUUCAUCAUCCAUGACAGACAAAGCAAUAAGAGCUAAAAUGAAAUAAAUAUAAUUUAAUUUCAAAGUGAUGCCAAAUUCGUGCUUAUACAAAUCAAGCAUGCUUUGUGACAGUACUGUAGCAAAGCUGAGAAUUACCCAUAGGUUAUACUAAUAAUGUCACAGCUACAUGUGUGUCUUCUUCGUCAUUGAUGAACACUUCACUGACCUUUCCUAACUAGCCAAACAGUUCAGUUCUUCAGUAAGGCUCUUCUGUGAUUGGUGUUACACAGUUACUGCAGAGAGUUCUUUAAUUUCUGUCACUAUGGCACGAGACUACUGUGGCACACUCAGAGAAAGGCAGAUAGGCACAACUACAAUCACAGUCAAUCAGUUUAAGACUUCACGUGUGCACUAACUGCGCACAUGUACAGCACUGCACUACUGCGCAUGCACAUCGGGAGUGACCACGUGACCAUAAGCUAAGUGCUCAAUAAUGUCAUCCACAUCCACAGGCAAAAGAUCACUACAGCCAAAAGCCGGGAGAGCUUCAAAGAAGUUUAGAUUUAAUCCAGAAGAAGCAAAAGAGAAUGCCAGGCAAUUUGAUCAAUUAAAAUUGAAACUGGCAACAGCUUACAAUGAUUUUAUUGCCUCAUGUCAAGAGUUACUCACUAGAUCCUCUCAAUAUGGUGAUAUAUUGAAAGCUAUUGAUUUGGAUUUGGCAGGGAAUAAAGACAAGAAUUGUUCUGUUUCUACUUUAUUUCUUGUGGCAGCACUAGGUCUAGAUGGAAUUGAUGCACUGCGAAUGGCAGAGCAUUUAGUUCCAAAAUCUUUUUGUAAUCUGAGGUCAAAUUACAUAACCAGGAUAGUGAAUCAUGUGGCAAAGGCAGAGGUUGUAAAUAAUCAAAAUUUACAGCAAUUUCAGAAUAUUGCUUCACAUAUUAACUUCUUUAAGCGGGAAGUAGCAACGACUGGUUUUGAAGAGGACUUACAGCAGCUAUCACAAAUUGCAGGGAAGGCAUAUAUGGCAUUUGUCGCUCCUCCUGUUUCUACUUGCUUGAAUUAUCAUUGUAAAUUACACAAGACAGAAGGAUCACUGUCUGUCCACAAUUCUGACAUAAAUGUUACAGUGCAUUCUUUAAAUGGGCCAGUUGUAGCUAGCAAAGUCUCCUUGCGCUGCAAAGAAUGCUUCACAAAUUACAACCACACAUGGUAUGGCAAUCAUAGUUCUGGAGAAAGACUCUAUCCGGAGAAAGUGCCAUUGAUUGAAAUAUCUAAUGUGUCAUAUGCAGAACGUAAACUACAUCAAUGGUUUGUUAAUUUAAGCUUGCAUUCUUGGACUUCCUUCUCUGCAUUUGCUGAGUGUUAUUAUCAUGUUCACCUAGAUAAAUACAAUGAUCCAAUAAGUGGUGUUUGUAAUGAAUUGACCCGAGUUCACGUUUCUGACAUGUUUUUCAAUGGUGAACUUGAAGAAGAGCAUCGUUCAAAUACCAGCUUUGAAUGGACAAAGUUGAGAAAACAGGAUCGUGAAGAUAGGCUCAAAGAGGUUGUAGAAAACAUGGUUGGUAUUAGCUACCCACAUGUACCAACCAAGGAAUGUACUGAAAAAGCGUGUGGUAGUUGUUGGACCAUUGAUGGUAACUGGAAGUUAAAUUUUCCUCAUUGCAUGUUCCCAGUUCAUGUUUCUACUCCUGAUUUUCCUGCAUUGAAUAUUCCAGAUGUGUGCACCAGCCAACCUAUUAAUUCUUACACAGCUUUCUGUGAAAACCACUGCAAAAUAGCCACAGAUAGAGGGUAUCCAACUGGUGUUACAGAUUUCUUGAAAUUUGUUAAUAAAAAAGCUAACGAAGAUCAUAUAGUCGAUUGUGUGACAACAGAUACAUCAGCAACAUCAAGUGUUUCGGGCAAAAAUACACACUUACUAACAGUGUUAGAUGACACAACAUUAGCUAAUUCAACAUCAUGUAACAAAGACCUAGGCAGGAGCAACAGACUACGCCACUGGAGUAGAGGUCAUCUAUUCAUUUGCCGACCCUGUGGACACAUUGAUUAUUGGCAACCUCUUUACAAGUCAGAAUCUCCCUCUCAAGUAUUUGUUGCUGUUGUCCAAUGGCUUUACGAUACCUUACAAACAGUUCCUGAGAGUGAGUGGAAAGAUAUAGUUUUAGCCUAUGAUGCCAUGUGCAAAUUGGAUGGUUUACUUGUGGCAUCCAAACCAUUACCAUUACCCAAACCAUUUGAUGAAAUGUGGACAUCAAUUCAAAAGGUAAUUGACACGUUCCACUUUAAAAAUCACACUGACCCAGUAUGCAUCACUAAAUACAACCCAUCAAAAAUUCUUGAGCAACAUCCACAAUUAAAUUUUAUGUGCUGUGAACAAACAUUUGUGUGGUUGUCAAGAUAUAAGAAAAUUGUUUGUUCUAUGAGCAAAAACCAUCAUUUAUUUUUUCUUCAUCGAUUGGUGACAAGAAGGAAUCUCUACACAAAAUUAUGUCAUGAGAAUGGCAGAAAGCCUCUGUUGCCAAAAGCUAAGGAAGCUCAAGUUAAAGAAAGCAAAGAAGCAGACACAAAAUAAAACAACUUGCUAAUAAUUUUGUCAAAUAAUUAUAAUAAUGGAGUAUGAAUUUUUAAUGUACUGCAUAAAAAACAAUAAUGUGCAACAGUGCUUUAGAGCAACAACGCUACAGGGCAACAAUGGUACAGUGCAAAAAUGCAACAUUGCAGCAAAGCUACAGCGC